UGGAUGUCAUUCAGACGUUUACUCAUCGAGACGAGCAUUCUUUAUUGUUUAUAAAUUAUUGGAUUGAAGCGAGAGGUGCAAUCAAAGUGUACACUAAGGCAGCGGCAAACACGAAGCACCACGUACAUGCACGUUUGAUCAACGAUGAGACAACUCGGACGCACGACGCUGUGUGUCUUUCUCUUAGCUCAAGUAACAGGAGCAUUGACUUCUUAUAUCUGUGCGACCGAUUGGAGCCUAUACCAUACCAGUUGUUAUCGCUUUUUUUACAUCUGGCCGACAUACAAUAAUAAUUGGAGAAAUGCUGAGGCUGAGUGCGUUAGUCAAGGCGGUCAUUUAGUGUCAAUAGCAACACAAGAUGAGAACGCAUUUGUGUUGAGUUUGUUUAACAGCGGGAAUGGUGAUAACGCUUGGAUAGGCAUACAUGAGCCAGGUAAUGAGAAUGAGCGAGUGUGGUCAGAUGGAAGCGUGGUCAAUUAUACUAACUGGGGUAACAACGAACCAAACAACAACCCAAACAAUAAGCAAGACUGCGUGCUAAUCAACAAAAAUGCUGGAAAGUGGUUAGAUAUAAGAUGUGGUAUCAAACGUAGAUUUAUAUGUGAAAUAAAUGCAACUCUUGAAAUGCCUACAAAUUCAUCUGUCUCGACUACGAACGCUACAGCUGCAACCAUUGGCUCAUUCGUCUCACGACCAUCGGCCACAACGCAAAUGAUGCAGUCAACCUCGGUGACUAGGAAACAGGGUCUAACAAAAACAGCCAUACCAUCGACCGCCAUCACGACUGGUGGCAAUACCAUCGAAACAACGACAACAACAGCAAAUAGAUUUUCAGCACGUAGUACAAGACGAGCUACCACAGUUGCAGCAUCCGUGGAUAGUACUACAGCAACUGAAAAGUCAUCUGGCAAUACAUUUGCGACAGCCACAACAACAGCUACAACAACUACUACAAACCCAGCUACCACAGCAGCAACAGCAACAACAACAGCUACAACACCAGCUACAAACCCAGCAACAACAGCCACUACAACAGAAACAACAGUCACAACAACAGCUACAACAACAGCCGCAACAACAGCCACAACAACAGCCACAGCAACAGCUACAAGACCAGCUACAACAACCACAACAAUAGCUACAACAUCCCCAGCAACAGCGACAACAACAGCUGGCUAUGUUUCUGCUAGUAAUGGUGCAUCAGCAACUGGCAAGACAGCAAACAUCCGAACACCAACUGCAACUAGAGAAACACCAACAACGUUUGAUGCUCCAACUCAAUCUUCAAUAUCAAUAACAGCAACUUCAGCAAGUGCGGCUACCUCUAAAUCAUCAAUUGAUUCACGAAAAGGGAGCAACAAGUCUAAUCAAAAUGCACCAAAUGUUGCAAUAAUUGGAGCUGCAGCUGGAGGGGCGUGUGUAAUACUAAUCAUUAUUCUAUUUGUGCUUUACUGCUAUCGUCAAAGGAAACUUAAUGCCUCCGACUACAACAGGCGUAUAGGUAGUGAAACGAGGGUGAAUCCUGACUAUUACGAUGUUGAAUUGAAAUCUAUAAAACAACAAUCCACAGAAACAGUCGCUAACAACGACCAAUAUGUUAACGUUCAUAAAAACAGAAACUCAACUCAAAGCAAACCGCCAGUGGGCGUUGAACAGAGAAGAUCCUCGCAAACAAGGCACGAAAACGGUUACAUACAAGACACACGCCACAAACGCAGUGAGAGUUUCAACGAAACGGCGUCUCCGUCUACAAAUGAUGACCACUAUCUCUCCCCACAAUCACUGUCACUAUCAGAGAAAGCACAUGAGACAAACGUCUACAGUAAUCUCGAACUCGCAUUUGACAAACUGAAGACAGACAUCUACUGGAAGCCUGCCGCCACAGAGGAGCAGCUGUACUCACAGAUACAACGAUACAAAUUUCGUCAGAUUGCGCGUAAAGAGAUCACCUCGAAUGAAUACGUCGCGUCAGGAGAGUUUGGGACCGUUGAGAAAGCAUGUUGGACACCCGCACACAUUCAGGAUACUAACGUCACUGUCGCUGUGAAAUCGUUGAAAUCGGAGAGCAAAGACGACCGUGUUCGCUUUCUACAGGAAGCUGCUCUUCUGGGCCAAUUUUGUCACAAAAACGUUGUGUCUCUAUACGGCGUAGUGACGGUCGGAUCUCCACUUUUGAUCGUACUCGAGUACAUGGGGAAUGGUGACUUGAAACAGUAUCUUGUGGAGCAGAGAACGACAGAUUUGAAGUUAACGGAUGAGCAAUUGCCUUGUCUUGAAAGAGUUUUACUACGGAUGAGCAGGGACAUUGCAUCCGGAUUGGAUUAUUUGAGUAGCAAAUCGUUUGUUCACCGGGAUUUGGCAGCUCGAAAUGUUUUGCUUAAUCAUGAAUACACAUGCAAGAUUGGAGAUUUUGGAUUAUCACGUGAUUUAGCCGAUGAAACUUAUUACGUCACCAAGGGAGGCAAAAUUCCCAUUCGUUGGUCAGCUCCCGAGACGUUAAACUAUAAGAAAUACUCAAUCGAUUCUGACAUUUGGAGUUUUGGCAUCGUCUUGUAUGAGAUAUGGUCACUGGGAUGCAGACCUUACGGUCACACGUCAAACCAGGAAGUGAUGUCAAUGCUUGACGAAGGGUAUCGUCUACCUCCUCCGCCGGGAUGUUCUCGUUCUCUGUAUCGUCUCAUGAUUGAUUGCUGGCAUCCUGAUCACCAUCAACGCCCAACGUCAAGCAACGUCGUUAAGCGUCUGUCGCAAUCGAGCAAACAUUUAUUAAAGAAUACAGCAGAGGAGGAGGCGACUCGCGGACACAUUGGUUCUGAACCAACGUUGUCAGUCAACAACUACCAGGACCUACAGGUGAUGUACCUAAACAAAUAAAAAGAAAAUCGUCGAGAGAAGUAUAGACUACAUCGAUAGUAGCAGUAGCUAGAUAACAAGUGCUGUGAUGUAGUCACUUUCUUAAUUAAUUUGUUUUGUGAAACUAUCUAGCUACCGUAUCCUAGUGAUAUGGAUAAAUAGUGUCUUUUUGUAAAGUUUUGGCAGCAUACAAAAUUAAU